AUGUCUCAAAUUGUUAUCGGAAUGACUUAUAUCCGCUCUAUUUCGACCAAGAAAGACGUAGUAAAUGAUCCCGUAGAAAUUGAUCUUCGAAAGGCAUUUGCUGGGUACCAUGGGCUUCUUAGUAUAAUAUUUUUCACUUUAACUGUACAACUGGCAGUGUCAUGUGGCUCAUAUUCAGGUUACGGAAAACCACCAAUGUUUGGAGAUUUUGAAGCACAGCGACACUGGAUGGAAAUAACGGUCAAUCUUCCCAUUGAAAAUUGGUACAUCAACAGCACUGAAAAUGAUAUGAAUUAUUGGGGCCUUGAUUACCCACCUUUAACCGCCUAUCACAGUUACGUUUUAGGAAAAAUCAGCCAAAUCAUCAGUCCGUCGUGGGUCUCCUUGCAUCGUUCUCGAGGUAUUCAGGACCCAAGUCAUAAAUUUUUCAUGAGAAUGACCGUGCUCCUAACCAUUUUGUUUCCUAAACAACCUGUACAUCACUUACAGAAUCAUUUUGCUGCUGUGGUUUUGUUAUAUCCUGGAUUAAUCUCUAUUGACAAUGGACAUUUUCAGUAUAAUCACAUAGCACUUGGGCUAUUUCUUCUUGCAAUCCUUUUAUUUUCUAUGGACCGACUGGCUCUAGGCUCCCUCUCUUUUGUGCUCGCUGUGCACUUCAAACAGAUGGAGUUAUAUCAUGCUCUGCCUAUUGCAGUCUAUCUGUUUUUCAGUUGUUUUUUCUCGUUUAGAAGGCGUACAGAUUUAAUAGAAGGGUACUUUGAUUUUUAUUUUAACGGAAGUUUGUAUCGUCUCCUUAUCUCACAGCUAUAUUAUAAACUUCUAAGUUUUUUAAAGAUUUCGCCGAAUUUCGCACCUCGGAUUGGUCGUUUUCUUAUCAACAGUUCUGCUUUGGUUACCUUUAUACAGUACUCACAGUUUUCCUUACACAAUAUUGGGCCGAAUAUUUCCGCGCUGCUGUUUCUUUUUAACAUUGACAAAGUUGCCAAUUUAUGGUGCGCAGUGAAUGUUUUAAUCAAGUUAAAACAAAAAUAUGAAAUUAGCACUCUCGUGCGCGUAAGGUGGAGUACAUUUAACUCAUCUGUCACUUGCAGCUCUUUUGUAGUACUUUUUUCUCAUAUUCCAUCGAUAUCCGCUAUUGCUUGCCGUCCUACUUUUCAAAACUUAAAAAGAGGAUUACUGCUGUCUAGCCUAUCGUUUUUUUUAUUUUCAUUCCAAGUUCAUGAAAAGUCCAUCCUUUUUGUGGCUAUUCCUGCACUUCUUCUCUGGCCAGAUCAAACUCCACUGAUGUCCUGGUUGCUGGUCGUUUCGAAUCUAACUAUGUAUCCACUUUGUAUUCAAGAUGGAAACUCAUUGCAUCUGGCAUUAUUUAUAUGUUAUUAUAUACUACUUCUGCCCUCCUUAUGUGGAGUUGGCCGGCUUAAGACGAUCAUUAUAAAUGGUAGUUGUUUAAUGGGUUUCUUAAUUUGCUUUGCAAACCUUUGCAUACGUCCACCAAAAAGGUUUCCACAUAUUUUCCCGCUUUUAACCGCUUUAUAUGGAUUCGUUCAUUUUUUGUAUUUCUUCCUAAAAUUAAAUCUCGUUUUGAUGAAGGAUACUUUAAACUCCCUGAAAAGUAAGAUUUGUCCUUUUGUGUUCCCCGUGCUGUACUUGAAGCCAAUUAGAAGGUUUGAUCGUGCUUUGGACCAACUUCCAGAUGGGAGAGAAGCUGGACCACACGGCUUUGUAAGGACACAAGCUUCGCUCCUGAAGGAUCUGACGAUAUGUUUUACGCAAGAACCUCUUGUUACUGAGCAACAGACAGCCGCCGGUCAUGGAUUACUUUUGGUGUCAACUUUUCUUUAUCCUGCGAGAAUGCUGCCUGUAACUUGA